AUGAUUCUUGGGGUUGCAGAGACAGGAGGGUCCAGUACCACAUUUGUCAAACUUGCAGGAAACUCUCUGGGAGAUUUUAGAGUUGGAAAAAUGAAAAUCAACCAGAAAUCAAAGAGGAGGAACCACACUGUUAUAACAUUCAUCUUACUUGGACUGACAGAUGACCAACAACUGCAGGUUCUUAUCUUUAUCAUUCUCUUCUUCACCUACUCACUGAGCAUAACUGGAAAUCUGGCCAUCAUCUCCCUCGUCUUAGAGGAUCCUCACCUUAAAACAGCCAUGUAUUAUUUCCUUAAAAACUUUUCUGUCUUAGAGAUCUCCUUCACAUCUGCAAGCAUCCCCAGAUACCUGUAUAGCAUAGCAACAGGUGACAAAACAAUUACCUAUAAUGCCUGUGUUGCCCAAGUAUUUUUUACCGACCUCUUUGGUGUAACUGAAUUUUUUCUUCUAGCUGCCAUGUCCUACGACCGUUAUGUGGCCAUCUGCAGGCCACUGCACUAUUUGACUACCAUGAAUACCGCUGUCUGCAGAAGACUUGUGUUUUGUUGUUGGGUAGCUGGUUUAUUUAUUUUAAUUCCCCCACUUAGCCUCGGCCUAAAUCUGCAGUUCUGUGAUUCUAAUAUCAUUGAUAAUUUUAUCUGUGAUGCUUCCCCUCUCCUUAAAAUCUCUUGUUCAGACACUUGGUUCAUGGAGCACACAGUUCUCAUCUGUGCUGUACUGACUCUCAUUAUAACGCUGGUGUGUGUUGUUCUCUCCUACAUUAAUAUUAUCAAGGCAGUUCUUAGAUUCCCUUCUGCCCAACAAAAGAAAAAGGCCGUCUCUACCUGCUCUUCCCACAUGAUUGUGGUUUCCAUCACCUAUGGUAGCUGCAUCUUCAUCUACAUCAAGCCUUCCGCAAAGGAGGAGGUGGCCAUCAACAAGGGUGUGACUGUUCUCACUACUUCCAUUGCUCCUAUGCUAAACCCCUUCAUCUACACACUUAGGAAUAGGCAAGUCAAGCAAGCCUUCUGUGAUUCAAUAAAAAGAAUUAUAGCAUUUUCCAAGAAAUAA